AAAAUGGAUGAAGGCAAUCAGUCUGUGGUGACAGAAUUUAUACUUUGGGGACUUACCAACUCAAAGAACCUUCAGGUCUUACUCUUUGUGAUGUUUUUGAUGCUUUAUCUUCUCAUCGUGUCAGGAAAUAUUGUCAUCAUGCUCUUAAUUACCACGGACCGGCAUCUCCAUUCUCCCAUGUACUUCCUGUUGGCCAACCUGUCCUUUGUUGAUAUAUGUCUUUCCUCAAACACUACUCCUAAGAUGAUAUCAGACUUUCUCAUAGAAAAAAAGACCAUUUCCUUUGCAUUCUGCAUGUCCCAGGUCUUCUUUGUCCAUUGUAUUGCUGCAGGAGAGAUGGUGUUGUUGGUUGUAAUGGCUUAUGACCGCUAUGUGGCCAUCUGCAAACCACUUCACUACUUCACCAUUAUGAACCUGAAAAGAUGCACUUGGUUGGUGUUUAUUUCUUGGACUACUGGCUUUGUGCAUGGCAUGAGUCACCUGGUAGUGAUUGUGGAGUUGCCCUUUUGUGGUCCCAAGGAAAUAGACAGCUUUUUUUGUGACGUGCCAUUGCUCAUCAAGCUAGCUUGCUUAGAUUCCCAUGAUUUGGAUAUCCUAACAAAUGCUGACUGUGGGGUGGUGGCUGUAACCUGUUUUAUUCUGUUGCUCAUUUCCUACACAUUCAUCCUAAUCAGUGUUCUCCAGAGUUCCAAAUCUGGUGCGUCUAAGGCUCUGUCCACAUGCAGUGCCCACAUCACAGUGGUGUUGAUCUUUUUUGGGCCUUGCCUUUUCAUUUAUGUAUGGCCACUCAACAUUACCUGGUUGGAUAAAUUUUUUGCUGUGUUUUACUCUGUUUUUACACCUUUUCUAAACCCAGCAAUUUAUACACUGAGAAACAAAGAGAUGAAAAACGCUAUGAAAAGAUUCCUAAGUAACUAUCUUAGUUCCAAAAGAAAUCCUUAA